AUGACACUUCCACUCCUUUUAUUGCUUGGGAUCCUCCAUAUCCUCCUUCUACUGCCACAGUGCCUGUGUCAUCAUCAAGGCAUCACCACCCGCUCUCUCAAUCAACUAGAAGUCAGCUCACACGGCACGGUUCCAAAACUCAUCUCACCCAAGGUACCCAACACUCUCGCAUCAUCAACUACCCAAUUUGCGACUAAUACCUUCAACUCGAGGCGUCUAGGAGUAAGACAUCGCUCAAGUCGCCACGCACGAAUUGCUCGCCGAGGACUUUUGCCCGACAUCUCAAACUUUGCUUCUAAUACGUUUGGUGGACUCUUUGGAAACUCUAACAGCCAGGCAAAUGGUCCGCCUGCACAGUCUGGUUUCGCCGCCGGAAACUCUCGCCAGGUCACAUAUCCACAAGACUCCCAACCUUUCCCAUCGGGGGACUCGAGGGCUCUGAUGAAUGGCCAACCCAAUGCCCUUCUGCCUCACCCCACGCAACUUCCCAGCUCAUCCACCGGUUCCUCAAAAGCUCAACUGCCUGCAACUACCUCUACAUCGUUAAAAGCUCAAGCUACAUCCGCUAGCAGUCACUCCCACGCCACCACUUCCUCCGCCCCGGCCUUGACUGCUUCCUCCGCGGCGCCAUCACCCACGGAUGAACCAACUCCGCCCUCUGCGUUUGAGCGCUUUGGAUCGCUGUACAAGCCCUCCAACCGCUUUGCGCCGCUUGCUGCUUUGCUUACAGUUGUAUUUAUACUAGGAUUUUUGGUGAGCCUCAUGGCGAUAUUGAAAUGUGUGGCUCACAAGAAAAGGUUCGCCAACAAGAAAGAUUAUCCCACUGGAUUUCCAUGGGUGGAGCCGGGGGGAAGCGAGGCAAAUAGAACCAGUAGUCGUCAAGGCCUGGUUCACACCAAAAGCUACACGUCAACUCGAAAUUCGAUGACCUCGAGCUUACACUUCUCCAGCGGGCGCCAGCUUGGUCCAGAGGGCCAGAUGACCCCAAAUCAGACCGAAUAUCAACUCAACGAGCUCGGAUCGGACGUGUAUAGUAAUUAUGCGUGGGCGGCGACGGAAAUGGACCUCGAAAAAACCCUCUCAAGCCCCUCAGAUGAAGGACCAUCAUCGGCAGCAACAGAAGACAGCAAUCACGUCUACACUGCCAACCAAGAACGCGACCAAUGGCAUACAGAAUCUUUGGAUGAUGGACCUUGUUUUAUCCGAGGAGGGAAGGGCGAGCUCUUGGAAGAUUCAAAAGUUUUAAAACUAGGUCAUCCAUGA